AUGUCCUCCAAGGAAGGAUUUCAAACAGCUGCUUGGCUGCCCAAAGCCGAGCCCGGUGCCAUCCUUGAAAUCCGGCACGACAUCGAAAUUCCCGAGCCUAAGGAUGGAGAGGUGCUUGUCAAGCUCGAGUGCUCCGGUAUCUGCCAUUCAGAUGUGCACAGCAUCUUCAACGAGACGCCAAUGGAGACGGACAUUGCCGGACACGAGGGCGUUGGCAAGGUGGUCAAGCUGGGACCUAGUGUUCCUGACCAUUUCAUGGGCGAACGCGUCGGUAUCAAGUGGCAGUACAGCACCUGCGGCAAGUGUGAGAUAUGCCCAAUCGAUGAGACGGCUUGUCCGAAUCAAGACAACUCUGGCCGCAACGUCAGAGGGACAUUCGCUCAGUAUAUAGCUGCGCCAGCUAAGGAUGUGACGCGCUUACCCAAGGAGCUGAAGUCCGAAAUCCUGGCACCUUUGCUAUGUGCUGGCUUGUCAAUGUACUCGUCGAUAUCGAAAGCAAACUUGAAACCAGGCGACUGGUUGGUCUUGCCCGGGGCGGGAGGUGGGCUGGGACAUCUCGGCGUGCAGAUCGCGGCCAAGAAGGGGUAUAGGGUGAUCGCCGUUGACAGUGGCGAGUCCAAGAAGAAGAUGGCGAUGGAGCUAGGAGCAACUGCUUUCCUCGAUUUCAAGACAGACAACGUCGAAGAGGAGGUCAAGCGACUGACCAACGGGUAUGGCGCGCACGGCGUCGUGGUUGGCGCUGGCUCAACUGCCGCCUACACAGAAGGCUUCAAGCUCUUACGCCGGCUCGGUACUCUGGUCUGCGUUGGCCUUCCAAGGACUGACUUUGACCUACCUAUAUCCCCCUUCUGGAUGGUGGUGAGGUGCCUAAGAGUGGUUGGCUCCUCGUGCGGCACCCGACAGGACAUGGACGAACUGCUGAAAAUGGCUGUCGCAGGUGACGUGGUACCUCAUGUCCAAGUCUUCGAGCUGGAGGAUAUCAACACCAUUGUCGACAAGCUUGCCAAGUUUCAGAUUGGUGGCCGAAUAGUGCUACGCAUCCCUCAGUGA